AUCGCUUGAAAAUAUGUGGGUUUUAAUUGCAUCAGCCCAGAAGCAUUACUGGGCCAGACUUCGUCCUAAUCGGACUUUCUUCCCAUUUGGACCGGCGACGGCAGACGUUACCGUGGAGCUUAGCUGAGCCACACGAAAGAGAGGAGCCAGACGAAAGCCCUGAAAUUUGAAGAAGUGUGUACUAGUACACCGAUGGGUACGGGAGAUGAGGUUGUUGAAAUUGAUAGCUUGGAGAGUGGUCUAUUAUCUGGUUCUGAUAAAAUUGAAGCUGAAGAGGAAGAUGUGUUGUAUGCUGCUUCAUUCCAAGAGAUGGAAGAUAACUUUAUCAAGUACCAAACAGCUCAGUGGGUUCUAUACUCGUUGCUUUUGAUUCUGGCUUGGGGAAUUGGCUUGUUCAUGCUGCUUUAUACACCUGUUCGGAGAUAUAUACUGCGGAAGGAUAUUCGAUCGAAAAAACUCUACCUUACUCCGAACUCCAUUGUCUACAAAGUUACUAGGCCAGUGCCAUUUCCAUUUUUUGGCGCAUUAAAGAAGGAGAAGCAUAUUUUGUUACCAUCUGUGGCUGACAUAGUAAUAGAACAAGGAUAUCUUCAGUCUCUGUAUGGUGUCUACUCGCUUAGAAUAGAGAAUGUUGGGGUAAGAAGGCCACCAAGCGAUGAUGUUCAAAUCCAGGGAAUUGCAAAUCCAAAUGCUUUCAGGAAGGCUGUUUUGAUGCGGCUUUCAAAUAUGAGGAAUGAGGCUUGUUAUAGACAAGUUUCCACAAUUGAAGAUGUCCCAAAUUUGAGGUUGCAGGUGUCCCCAUCAAAAUCUCUCAGGCAAGAUUCAUUUUCACAUCCAGGGGAUCUAAUUCUACUGCAAAAGCUAGAGGAGGUUGGAACUUCUGUCAAGAGAGUUCACACUUUAAUUGAGGAGCAACACACUGAGACAUCAGAGCACAGGGAUUAAAGUGUAAAUGAGUGAAGAUAAGGUAUAAUAUCCAUUCAAGAGUUGAAACUCGAGACCACAAUUUCAUCCCAGUUUCUGUUUUUGUUCGACUUGUCAUUCAUUUUCAUGUAUUUUAUCACUACUAGCAAUCAAAUAUGUAUAUGUAAAUUUCGUGAUCUGGCAUGGUGUUCUUAAAAAUAUAUUGUGAAUCCAAACACUACUCAUAUAUUAACUAUAGUGUUAGCUCGAUUUGCACACUUGUUUGAGAAUUAAGAGACGAGAAAACACUUGUCA